UGAAGCUAACAGAGAACAGAGAACCACCUCGGAGAACAGCAGCAGACCGGUUCUCCUCCGCGGACAUGGCGUUCAUCACAGCCACCUGGAACCCGCUGGGAGAAGCUUUUUACCGUAAGACGGAGCUGUUUGAGAUGUGUUGGACGUUGAGGGACAGUCUCAGAGACUGUCUCGUGGCUGCAGCUCCGUACGGAGGACCAAUCGCUCUCCUCAGAGAACCGCACAGACGUUCUCCCAGCUCUCGCCCUCAGUUAGAGAUUUAUUCUGCGUCUGGAGUCGCCAUCGCCAGCUUCCCGUGGAAAAGUGGUCCUGUGGUCCACCUGGGUUGGACGGUCAGUGAUGAGCUGUUGUGUAUUCAGGAGGACGGAUCAGUUCUGAUCUACGACAUGUUCGGAUCCUUCAAGAGACACUUCAGUAUGGGACAGGAAGUGGUCCAGAGUCAGGUGUUAGAGGCCAAAGUGUUCCACUGCUCCUCCCGUUUCACCUUGGCAACCAACAUCGACGACCUGAAGCUCCGGAGGUUACCUGAAGUCCCAGGUCUACAGGGGAAACCGUCCUGUGUCGUCCUCACUCAGGACAGACAGACUAAAGUCCUGCUGUCCAACGGACCUGAACUCUACAUCCUGGACAACACGUCCUGUACCGCUGUGUGUCCCCCAGGUCUCAGUCCUCAGGCAGGCAGCAUCAUCCACAUGUCGUCCUUUAGUUAUAAGUACCUGGCUCUGUUCACUGACACUGGACUCCUGUGGACAGGCUCCUCCCACCUCCAGGACAAACUGAGUGAAGUGGACAUCAAGAAGACGACGCCUCCCAAACAGAUGGUCUGGUGUCGCAGACCAAAGAGUCAGCAGCCGUCUGUGGUGCUGAUGUGGGACAGACUGCUCAUGGUGGUUGGAGUGUGUCAUGACACCAUCCAGUUCCCCGUAGAGGAUCCGUGUGUUCUGGUGGGAGAGCUGGACGGGGUCCGGAUCAUCAGCUCGACUGGUCAGGAGCUGCUUCAGGAGGUUCCUCUGGUCUGUCAGGACAUCUUCAAGAUCGCCUCCAUGGCCCCGGGAGCUCUGCUGCUGGAGGCCCACCGGGAGUACGAGAAGUCGAGCCAGAAGGCGGACGAGUACCUGAGGGAGAUCAAGGAGCAGAGCAUGCUGGGAGAGGCAGUCCGACAGUGUGUGUGGAGGCGGCAGGACACGAUAAUGUUCUCUCUGGGUUCUAUAAUCAGUGUUGUUGUUCUCCUGGUGUUUCAUGCGAUGUCCUUCGGGAAGUGUUUCUUGACGGACUUCAGUGCGGAUCCGUUCGUGUCGACUUCUGCAGAGAACUCCCGGGUUCUGAACGAACGCCGUCAGAGAGAGCAGCGUGGGGCUGCCGCUCACACACACUCAGUGCAGCAGAAGGACCUAUCAGACGAGGCCAUAGCGCGGGCGGUGUGUGUGAAGGUGGGAGACUCACCUGGUGUGUCUUACUCUCACAUCGCAGCCAAAGCUUACGAGUGUGGACGCACCGAGCUCGCCAUCAAGCUGUUGGACUCGGAGGCCCGGUCUCACCUGUCUCUGUCUGUGUCCAGCUGUUGGACUCGGAGGCCCGGUCUCACCUGUCUCUGUCUGUGUCCAGCUGUUGGACUCGGAGGCCCGGUCUCACCUGUCUCUGUCUGUGUCCAGCUGUUGGACUCGGAGGCCCGGUCUCACCUGUCUCUGUCUGUGUCCAGCUGUUGGACUCAGAGGCCCGGUCUGGGGUCUCACCUGUCUGCUGCUGUGAAGUCCAUGUACACGGUGGUGACGUACCUGAAGAACGAGAUGAACAGAGGAGACUUCUUCAUGACUCUGGGAACCAGCCGGUCGCUCUCUGCUGACAGAAGAGUGAGUCACCUCCUGCUGCUCUCAGUCAAGCUCCUGGCUGCGGAGACAUCACCUCCUGCUGGUCACCUCCUGUGUCCUCAUCACCUCCUGCUGCUCCUCAUCACCUCCUGUUGGCUCCUGGUGUCCUCUUCCUUCUCAUCACCUUCUGCUGAUCUUUCUGCUCCUCCUAUUCUUCAUCAUCCUUCUGCUCCUUACUGCGUUCCCUGUGUGACAGUGCUAAUAAAGUUUUGUGUUCAGUUCUGUAAGCUGCAGGAGCAGGACACUCUGAAGGAUCUGUAUAACCAGGACGACGACCACCAGGAGCUCGCCAACUACUACGUCACCGCCAGCUACAGAGAGAAGAGGUUGGAGAGCCGUCUGUCCGUCCUGCAGAGCGCCGUUGAUGAAUACAAUAAGGCGAAGAACGAGUUUUCUGCGAAGGCCACAGAGGACGAGAUGCGUCUCCUUCGUUUCCAACGCAAACUGGAUGAUGAGAAAGGGGCGGGGCUUCUGGGACUGUCUCUGCAGGCCACCAUGGAGGCUCUGCUGGCGUUAGGACUCCACAAACAAGCGGAGCAACUUUACAGAGACUUCAGAGUACCUGACAAACGAUACUGGUGGUUAAAACUGAAGUCUCUGGCUGAGAAGGAGGAGUGGGACGAGUUAGAGAAGUUCUCGAAGAGCAAGAAGUCUCCUAUUGGCUACCUGGCGUUUGUUGAAGUUUGCAUGAAGAAUAAUAACAAGUAUGAAGCCAAGAAGUACGUUUCCAAGGUAACACCUGAGCAGAAGGUCAAAGCUCACCUGUCCAUCAGUGACCUGGAGGGUGCGGCAGACGCUGCGAUCGAACGCAAGAACGAGGCCGAGAUGGGGGCGGUCCUCUCCAGAUGCCCCGCCUCCGACCGCCUGCUGAUUGACAGGUUGAACCGAGCUCGAGCUGCCGUCGUCAAAAAGUGAUCCUCCAUUCAGAGAGUAUGUACAGAGACAGCAGAUGGUCUGCUGCCAAAAAGUGAUCCUCAGCUUACCUUCUGAUUGGUUCUCAGAGCAGGCGUUACUAUAGCAACUGGAGUUGUAUCUUCGUCAUGUGCUUUAAUGUCAAAACUGAUGAUCACAUUAUUGAUCUGUGGUAAUAAAUAAUGUUUGAUUAUUGAUCACUCAGCUGAUUUUA